AUGCUGACAAUUUUGCUGAUCUCCAAUGCGCCUCUACAGACCUGGUACGGUGGUGGUCAACUCGAUAACCCUGCCUGCGGCGGAUCACGCCCAUCCGACAACGACCUGGUCGUUGCCGCUUCGGAAAGCUCCGGCAUCCCUUGCCACUCUACCGUGCACAUCCACUACCAUGGCAAGAUGGUAAGCGCGAAAGUUGUCGAUCGCUGCGCUGGCUGCGACGCAAAGUGGCUCGACUUGACCAAGGGCACCUUCAAGAAGCUCGCUGGUCUCGACGUGGGAGAGUUGCACGGUGUUCACAUUCGCGUGUUCCCAGCAUGA